AUGGCCAACAACAGCGACGAGGAUCAAUCGUCACAGGAUCAGACAAAGACCAAACGAGCUCCCAAUUUCUCUCCCGAAGAAGACGAACAGCUUGCGAAGAGCUGGGCCGUCAUCUCCCAAGAUCCCAUCCGAUCAAAUCAGCAAACCAAAGACGAAUUUUUCGCACGAAUUGCGGAAAACUACAACAGGUACACUCCUGGACCUAAGAGAGAUGCAUAUAAGCUUGGAUGCAGAUGGAAGCUUAUCCAAAGGCCCAUACUUCGUUUCGGGGCAAUCUACGAUCAAAUUUCUAAGAAUCCAGCGUCGGGUUCGGCACCAUCCGAUUGGUUACGGAAAGCGAAACAAACAUUUCUUGAGGCUGAAGGGAGGUCCUUUGCAUGGGAAAGCGCCUGGGAGCUCCUCAAGACGAUUCCAAAGUGGCAGACAAUGGCUGAUGGCAAAGCAAAAAAAACGGUUCGACCGUCUGCAAGCGCAUCAAACCCUGUCCCCGUGCUGUCUCCGAGUCCAGCUACUCAAGCAGCUGGAUGUGAUUCCACCUCACACGAAGCCGAGAGUCCGGUGGCGGAAUGGAAGCGACCUGAAGGCAUCAAGAAGGAGAAGCGCAAAGUUGAGGAGAGCGAGUUCCGACGUAGGAAACUCAAGCUCCUUGAAAAGACUGCCAACGAUACUGAACGAAGAAUUACUGCCGCAAACCGUUUAAACGAGAUUCAAGAGCGCUUGGCUGCGACUGAGGAGCGGAACUCCGAGAUGAAAGUGAUGAUGCAAGAUCUUGCUGCAUGCCCGGACGACGACGCGCGUGAGUAUAUUUUGGCGCACAGGAAGAUGAUUCUGGAUAAGAUUAGAAAUCCUCAACCCCCUCGUAACAACUCACUGCAAGUCAAUCAAUCAGAGGCUGCCCAGAGCACCCCGCAAUCCGGCUCUCGUGUUCGAUCCGAGUCAAAUGAUCGAUCAGAUGGACACUCUGGAGUGCAAUCACCAGCGGCAUCUCGAUACCAAUUGGACACUCCUGGUCUACAUGAAACCUCUGACUCACACCUGGAUGACCUCAACGAUAUUGUGUUUUCCACACCAAACCCAACUCAGAUCACCCGACGUGAUUCGAUCAAUCCGGCUUUGUUCUAA